AUGGGAGAAGAUGAGAUUUAUACGAAUGAUGGGACCAUUGAUAUCCACAAAAAUCCUGCUAAUAAGAAGGAAACUGGGAAUUGGAAGGCAUGCCGCUUCAUCCUUGGGACUGAAUGUUGUGAGAGGUUGGCAUACUAUGGCAUGAGUACCAAUCUGGUGAACUAUCUUCAGAUUCGCCUCAACCAGGGAAAUGUCACUGCAUCAAACAAUGUUACAAACUGGUCAGGAACCUGCUAUAUCACACCGUUGAUUGGGGCUUUCUUAGCUGAUGCCUACUUGGGAAGAUACUGGACAAUUGCCGGUUUCUCUAUCCUCUAUGUUUUUGGGAUGACACUAUUGACAUUGUCUUCUUCUGUCAAUGGAUUAAAGCCAGUAUGUGAUAAGGAUGGUUGCCACCCAACUGUAUCACAAACUGCAGUUUGCUUUUUAGCCUUGUAUUUAAUUGCUCUUGGAACUGGUGGAAUCAAACCAUGUGUCUCAUCCUUCGGUGCUGAUCAAUUUGAUGAAACUGAUGAAACCGAGAAGAAAAAGAAGAGCUCUUUCUUCAAUUGGUUCUACCUUUCGAUCAAUAUAGGUGCACUCAUUGCUUCAUCAGUCUUGGUCUGGAUACAAAUGAAUGUGGGCUGGGGAUGGGGAUUUGGAAUUCCAGCAGCUGCAAUGGCCAUUGCAAUUGUGUUUUUCUUCUCAGGCACCCGUUUGUACCGGUUCCAGAAACCUGGAGGGAGCCCCCUGACACGGCUUGUCCAGGUGCUAGUUGCAUCCAUGAGAAAAUUUAAUGUGAAAGUCCCUGCUGAUAAAUCUCUUCUUCAUGAGACUGCUAGUCUGGAAUGUAACAUCCAAGGAAGCCGCAAGCUCGAGCACACUGAAAAAUUCAGAUUUUUUGACAAGGCUGCUGUGGAGAUUGAAACUGAUCAAAUCAAGGGUAUUAUGAGUCCAUGGAGACUCUGUACAGUGACUCAAAUCGAGGAGCUCAAGUCCAUCAUCCGCCUGCUCCCUGUGUGGGCAACUGGAAUAGUUUUUGCCACUGUGUAUGGUCAAAUGAGCACCAUGUUUGUCCUUCAAGGCAACACUCUGGACCAGCAUAUUGGGCCUCAUUUCGAAAUUCCAUCAGCUUCCCUCUCACUCUUUGACACCGUCAGUGUCAUCUUCUGGACGAUUAUAUAUGACAGAAUCAUCAUCCCUUGUGCAAGAAAGUUCACUGGCCACGAACGAGGCUUCACUCAGCUCCAACGCAUGGGCAUUGGCCUUGUCAUUUCCAUUUUCGCCAUGGCUGCUGCCGGGAUUUUUGAGGUCAUUCGACUUGCCAGUGAACCGGGACCACUGAGCCCUGGUUUUGCUCGCAUACAGUUUCUCUUCCACCACUCUGCCUCCGCCACCAUAACCGAAAAGCCAGAAAACCACACCCACAAAUAUCUUUUUUCUUUUCUACAUUCCACAGGUGCACCACGCUUUGAUAUCAUAGGUGCACCAUUAAAAGAAAAGCGAAAGAAACCUUGA